AUGGCCGCAGAGACCUCCACCUCGCAAGCGGAUACUUCAGAGCUCAUAGUUUUGUUCAAAGAAGAGGCGGCUAUUGCUGCAGCGGUGCAUGGUUUUACGCUGCGAUCUGUCAACACAUCUCCGAUACAGUCCAUACUGGACAAAUACAAUGCCUCUAGUCAAAGCCUCUUCGGGCUGAGUUCGGAACGCCUCCAGCAACAGCGGGCUGGCAUUGCCUCUAUAGCUACAGCAGAACCCGUAGAUCAACGUCGAAUCGAAGUCCCCGAUCUUUCGAGAUUCCACAGGGUGUAUGCGCCACAGGAACGGCUUGAGCAGCUGGCAAAGAAACUCCUGGCAAACGAUCAUGUCGAGGCUGCAUACGUAAAACCGCCGGUCUCAGUUCCGCUCGCUUUCACGGCUCGAAUUAGUGCCGCCGUGCCAGCGCCGGCUGUCACGCCGAGUUUUCUCGAUCGUCAGGGCUAUUUAGACGUCGCACCAGGUGGCAUUGAUGCCAAACUGGCGUGGACUGUGCCAGGAGGAAAAGGCAAAGACAUUCGUGUUAUCGACUGCGAGAACGGUUGGCGAUUCACGCACGAAGACCUUUUGGCAAACCAAGGCGGCGUUGUUGCCGGUACUUCCUCUUCUGUUCAAAGCAAUAUAGAUCAUGGCACUGCCGUACUCGGCGUCAUCAGUGGCGACGACAACAACUUCGGUAUUACUGGCAUUACUCCAGAUGCAAUUAUAAGCGCGUCCUCGUGGAGUUCGGGAUCAAGUGCUGCAGCGAUCAAGGCGGCUGCAGACAAGCUCCGCCCUGGUGAUAUCAUUCUGCUCGAGGGGCAUAGACCAGGGCCGAAUGCACCGAACCCUCCUCCAUUUCCCGGAAGCCAGCUUGGAUUCGUUGCCAUCGAGUGGUGGCCCGAUGACUUUGCAGCUGUACAGUAUGCUGUCGCAAAAGGUAUCGUGGUCGUGGCGGCGGCAGGAAAUGGAUUUGAAGAUUUGGAUUCGUCCAUCUAUAACACGCCCAUGACCGGCUUUCCCGCAAGUUGGAGAAAUCCUUUUAGUCCUCAAAAUCCAUCCUCUGGAGCUAUUAUUGUUGGCGCAGGUCAAUGCCCACCAGGAACACAUGGCAGAGCUACACUCCCAGACAGAUCACGUUGUGAUUUCUCCAAUUGGGGAUCGAGAGUCGAUGUCCAAGGCUGGGGGGUAGAGGUAACUACCACUGGGUAUGGUUAUCUUCAGAGUGGUUCUAGCCAAGAUGUGUGGUACACAGACACAUUCAACGGCACAUCCAGCGCUUCACCAAUUGUCACGGGCGCGUUGACCAGUGUCCAGGGCGUCUUAAAAGCAAGAGGACGCCGCCUGCUCACCUCACCUGAAGCGCGCAUACUAUUGCGAAGUUGCGGUUCGGCGCAGCAGGAUGAGCCCAGUCGCCCAGCACGUCAGAGGAUAGGUAGCAGACCAGACCUGCGCGCACUUAUCCCUGCCGCAGCAAGAUUCCGCUGCCGCAGCGCUGACUUCAACGGCGAUGGUCGGGCGGAAACUCUUGUUACCAGUCCCACUGGCAUCGCUUUACUGCAACAGGCUGGCUCAAUCCUGACAUCGACUGCGACCCACGGGAAUGGUACCACCCUUAACGGCGGAUGGCUUUUGAACACCGCCGAAGAUUUCUUUGGUCCUGUCGCGGACUAUGACGGCGAUCGACGUGCCGAAGUCUUCGUGACCAGUCGAUCGAGCAUAGCUAUCUUGAAACAAGUAGGCUCAACCUUGUCAGCAUCCAUGGUCCAGCCAAAUGGCACAAGAUUCGGAGAAUGGCUUCUCAAUACUGCAGACAACUCCUUCGGACCUGCUGCAGAUUUUGACGGCGAUGGAAGAGAAGAGUUGCUUGUAUCUAGCCCUUGGGGUAUUGGGCUUUUGAAGCAAAACGGCACUACCAUGUCUCAGCUCAUGAUAGCCCACAAUGGCACUCGCUUUGGCGAGUGGCUGCUUAACACUGCAGACAACGAAUUUGGCCCUGUAGGAAAUUUCAACGGCGACGCGAAAAAAGAAAUUCUCGUUGUCAGUCCUUGGGGCAUCGGUAUCCUGCAGUAUGAUGGUGGGUCUUUCAGAGUAUUGAGAAUGGCCCCGAACGGUACGCGUUUCGGGGGCUGGCUUCUCAACACAGCGGACAAUCGAUUCGGACCAGUCGGUGACUUCGACGGUGAUGGACACGAUGAAAUCAUUGUCACUAGCCCUUGGGGUAUUGGUAUGCUGAAGCUGGUCGGAUCCGAGAUCACUGUCCCGAUGAUGAAACCAAACGGGACUCGCAUGGGGGAGUGGCUACUGAACACUGGGGACAACAGCUUCAGUCUCGCUCGCGAUUUCAACGGUGACCGGAAAGCGGAAUUACUGGUAACAAGUCCAUGGGGUAUGGCUCUCCUCGCACUAACCAAUGACACAAUGACGCCGAUCGUGAUGAAGCAAAACGGAACAAGGUUCGGAGACUGGCUGUUGAACACAGCAGAUAAUCGCUUGGGCACGGCAGUUGAUUUCGAUGCGGAUGGGAAGGCUGAACUUCUCGUCACUAGCCCGUGGGGCUUAGGGAUCCUCAAGCAGGCUGGUAAUACCUUAAUAGCACCAGUCAUGGCGCCAAAUGGAAGGGUUGCUGGUGGAUGGACAAUCGACACGGCAGCUAAUGAUUUUGGGCAUGGGAUUUGA